AUGUCGCAUAGUAAGCACAACACAUCGCUCGCCUUUUUCACAGCCCAUGAGCGCGCCGAAUUGCGCGAUCGCUGGGGCUCGCAGUCCACUCGUCUAACCCGCGAUUCUUUCCUACCCUUUGGAUCAUGUCGUCUCUGCUUGCUGCCAGCUCGCGAUCCUGUAUCAUGUCCCUCGCACGGCCAUCUGUUCUGCCGAGAGUGUGCGCUCUCGAACCUGCUCGCCCAGAAGAAGGAGAUCAAGCGUCUGGACAAGGAAUACAUUCAGAAAAGGCAGGAAGAGGCUGAAUCCGAGGAGAUCAAGAGAGAGCAAGAGAAGGAGCGUGCUGUGAAAGACUUCGAGUUGGUUCAACAAGGCCUGAACAGCAAACUUGGCCCAAACGCUGCUGCCAGGCACAUCAUCGGCCGAGAAGCAGGCAAGGUCAUCGUCGAAGAGCAAGAUCCAGACAAACAAGGCACAAAGCGCAAGCUCCAGAUUGAUGAGUACGAGCUCAUGCGUCUUGGUGGUCAGAACACCAGAUUGAAGAAGGACUCUCAGAAUCCCAUCGAUCAGAAGGCCGCUACAUCUUUCUGGAUUCCUUCGUUGACUCCCUCAAGUGCGACUGCUGCAACAAAGCCUACCAAAUCAAACCCUCAAUGUCCAGCUUCGACUGCCGACAAGCCUCACGACUUCACUCUCAAGUUGCUAGUCGCAGUCCACUUCAACGAAGAGAAGGCAGAAGGAUCUGACGAGCCUGUACGCUCGUGUCCUUCAUGCAAGAAAGCGUUGACCAACUCAACAAAGGCGACGCUGGCCAAGCCGUGCGGUCAUGUUCUAUGCAAGCCGUGUGCUACUAAAUUCAUGAAGCCUUCAGAAAAGGACGCCCACGAUGCGACAGCAGAAGUUGGGGUGAUAAGAUGCUACGUCUGCCAGGCCAAUGUCACGGAGAAGAAGCGCGAAAAGAAAGAGGGCAAGGAAGAAAAAGAGAAAGUCAGACCGGGUGUCGUAGAGAUCAGCUGUGAAGGCACUGGCUUUGCUGGAGGAGGCAACAACAUGGUCAAGAAAAAGGGCGUAGCUUUCCAGGUUUAG